AUGGUGGGUUGCAGCACAGCAAUUCAGGUAAAUUGUUGUACUCAAAAGCCUUCAAUCAUCACCAACUUCGAUCAAUUCAAAAACCAUCUCUUAUCAUCUUUCCAGCCAUUCAUUGGCGACUUGCAGAAAAAUCCCAUCAAAAUACCACUUCCUCGUGCCAUCAUCAAGAAAACUUCCAUGGAAUUAUUAGACAUUUUAACAAAUUCAGUCUUCCAGUUUAUCGAUCAUCCAUCACUCUCAUCUCAGAGUAAUUUUGCUCCUGUGGAAGAGAUGGGAGGAGCCGUUUAUGUCGAUGGAACGAUUCCCGAUGGUUUUCCGGAGGGUGUUUAUAUAAGAAACGGCCCAAAUCCUCUGUUUGGAGGGUUUAAGUCAACAAAAUCGAUAUUUGGGAGAUCAAGCCACAUCUGGGUAGAAGGAGAAGGAAUGCUUCAUGCUUUAUAUUUGAAGAAAGAAAACGAUGGUAAAUGGAGUGUUUCAUACAACAAUAAACAUGUUGAAACGGAUACAUUCAAGUUGGAGAAACAAAGAAACAGGCCUUCUUUUCUUCCUGCCAUUGAAGGGGAUUCUCCUGCUAUUUUGUCAGCUUAUUUGCUCAAUUUGAUGAGGUUUGGGUCAGUCAACAAGCUGCUCAGCAAUACCAGUGUUUUUGAGCAUUCGGGCAAGUUUUAUUCAGCAGCUGAGAACCAUUUGCCUCAAGAGAUAGACAUUCGAACACUGAAUACACUUGGAAACUGGGAUGUGAAUGGAUCUUGGAAUCGACCAUUCACAGCACACCCGAAGAAAGCUCCAGGUUCCGGGGAGCUUGUAACGAUGGGAGUAAACGCAAUGAAACCUUUCUUCGAGAUUGGCAUCAUCUCAGCUGAUGGAAACAAGUUAGUUCACAAAGCAGAUCUAAAAUUCGAAAGGUGUAGCCUUUGCCAUGACAUUGGUGUUACGUUAAGAUAUAAUGUUAUACUCGAUUUCCCAUUAACCAUAGACUUAAAACGGCUUGCAAAUGGAGGCCCAUUGAUAAAAUACGAUGGAGAGGGAUAUGCGAGGAUCGGAGUGAUGCCACGCUUUGGUGAUUCAGAUGCCGUUCGGUGGUUUGAUGUGGAAACAUGUUGCGUGUUUCAUAUUAUCAAUACUUUCGAGGAUGGAGAUGAGCUAAUCAUGUGGGCAUUUAGAGCAAGCGACUCGAUUAUACCAGGACCUGAUCUGGGGUUGAACAAGUUUGAGUGGUUUUCAAGUCGUUUUAAGCGAGAAUGUAACACGGAUUUCGAUUCAGACGAAUCCUUCUUCUCUCGGGCUUACGAAUGGAGAUUAAACAUGAAAACCGGAGAGGUAAAAGAACGAUAUCUCACAGGAACAACACAUUCGAUGGAUUUCCCAAUGAUCAAUGAACAUUUUAUGGGCCUUAAAAACAAAUAUGGGUAUGCCCAAGCUGUCGAUUCGAAUGCGAGCUCCAUUUCAGGCAUGCCUAAAUAUGGAGGACUAGCGAAACUACAUUUGGAAGACACGAGAUCGAAAGAUUAUGUAGAAAUGGAGUACCAUAAAUUCCCAGAGAACACAUUCUGCUCAGGUGCUGCAUUUGUGCCAAAACCAGGGGGUCUUGAAGAAGACGAUGGUUGGGUGAUCACUUUCAUACACAAUGAACAUUUGAAUGUAUCUCAGGUUCUCAUAAUUGAUGCAAAGAAGUUUACAAGUGAGCCCGUUUCGGUCAUUACUUUGCCAAGUCGAGUGCCUUACGGUUUUCAUGGAGCUUUCAUGCCAAUAAUCUUAUAGACCGCAAAUCAUAUAGAUAGGAACCGUGAAAACCAGUCUCAUGUAUUGUUUCAUAGAUGAAACAACAUAUGUGAAAAACAAACCUGUAAAAAUCAAUCAAAACCAUUCGAUAGGUUUAAUAAUUAUAGACGGCAGAUAGAGACAUUUGACUAUCUCCCCAUUCACAUAAAAGAUUUUGAUUUUUAAUUUUCUAUUUUAAAGAAUUUAUUUGAAGAUUUUCUUAGGUGUUUUAAGGAAAUAAGGUUUUGUAGGUAGUACAUGGUUUUCUGUAAUAUUUAUACGUCUC